AUGACCCUCCGGCGGCGCGGGGAGAAGGCGACCAUCAGCAUCCAGGAGCAUAUGGCCAUCGACGUGUGCCCCGGGCCCAUCCGGCCCAUCAAACAGAUCUCCGACUACUUCCCCCGCUUCCCGCGGGGCCUGCCCCCCACCGCCGCGCCCCGCGCCCCCGCGCCCCCGGACGCCCCCGCGCGCUCGCCUGCAGCCAGCGCCGGCCCCCGCAGCCCCUCCGACGGCGGCCGCGGCGACGACGACGAGGAUGUGGACCAGCUCUUCGGAGCCUACGGUGCCAGCCCGAGCCCCGGCCCCGGCCCCAGCCCCGCGAGGCCGCCCGCCAAGCCCCCCGAGGAGGAGCCGGACGCCGACGGCUAUGAGUCGGACGACUGCACCGCCCUGGGAACGCUGGACUUCAGUCUGCUCUAUGACCAGGAGAACAACGCGCUGCACUGUACCAUCAGCAAGGCCAAGGGCCUGAAGCCGAUGGACCACAAUGGACUGGCUGAUCCCUACGUCAAACUACACCUGCUGCCUGGAGCCAGCAAGGCAAAUAAGCUCAGAACGAAAACUCUGAGGAACACUCUGAACCCCACAUGGAACGAGACCCUCACUUAUUACGGGAUCACGGAUGAGGACAUGAUCCGAAAGACCCUGAGGAUCUCCGUGUGUGAUGAGGACAAAUUCCGCCACAAUGAGUUCAUCGGCGAAACUCGAGUGCCCCUGAAGAAGCUGAAACCCAACCACACCAAGACGUUCAGCAUCUGCCUGGAGAAACAGCUGCCGGUGGACAAGGCAGAGGACAAGUCCCUGGAGGAGCGAGGCCGCAUCCUCAUCUCACUCAAGUAUAGCUCCCAGAAGCAGGGCCUGCUGGUGGGCAUCGUGCGCUGUGCACAUCUGGCCGCCAUGGAUGCUAACGGCUACUCAGAUCCCUACGUGAAAACAUACCUGAAGCCAGAUGUAGACAAGAAAUCCAAGCAUAAGACCGCAGUGAAAAAGAAAACACUAAACCCGGAGUUCAAUGAGGAGUUCUGUUAUGAGAUCAAGCAUGGAGACCUGGCCAAGAAGACCCUGGAGGUCACUGUCUGGGAUUAUGACAUUGGCAAAUCCAAUGAUUUCAUCGGUGGCGUGGUUCUGGGCAUCAAUGCCAAGGGCGAGCGCCUGAAGCACUGGUUUGACUGCCUGAAGAACAAGGACAAGAGGAUUGAGCGCUGGCACACGCUCACCAACGAGCUCCCAGGAGCUGUGCUCAGCGACUGACUGUCCCAUUUGCUGCCACCCACCCAUGCCACC